GUUUAGUGUUCUGAAUAAUUCCUUACCGCGUGUUACCUGCUGGUGGCGCUAUAUCAAAACAACCAUGUCUUUGCGUACACAUUAUGCUACCAUGUACAUGUAUGCCAAGGGUCAACACAGUGAACGUCGUACACACAUGCAAAAAGCGAUGUGACCUUUAUAAUGGCAUAGCCUGUCGACCUGUGUACAGACAAUCAUUAACACAUACAAAACAUAGCCUACAGUACAUUACAUCGUUCAUUUUGUACAUUGAGGCUUAUGUUGGGAUGUAAACCUCGACAGGUGUGGCCACAAGACACAAUAAAGUCAACUUGUCACGGAUGGGUUAAUGUACAGCAGAUAAUGUAAGGUGUUGAUUUUGACAGUCGGGGCAAUGGUAACUCAAACGUGGCGGACCAAAGAUUGUUGCUGAGAAAGAACAAAAACUAUACCGUCCAAAACAAUGGAAGAUUCGAUACCACCGGCAGACGUAGAGGAGGCCUUUAUUGGCAAAUGGAAAUCCGUCAAAACGGAAGGAAUGGACGAAUUUGCCGAGGUAUUCAACAUCGAAAAGAGCAAGAUACCGGAGAAUCCUUAUUGUGAGUUGGACAUCACUAAGGACGGUGAGGGCGCUUACAUCAUCGUGAAUAAAUCCGACGGAGGACUAAAAACUCAGCGACACGAGCUUGGGAAGCCUUUGAAAGACAACAUCAUGGGACGGGAGGUGGAUAUUGUAACGAUGUGGAAUGGACGGAGGCUGGUCACGUCUAACGUCAAGGGGGAUUCGUCCCUGUCAAGGAGCGUUGUGGACGGUAUGCUCGUGUGUGUUGUGAUGACCAAAGACUUUACCAUCACCACGACCUUUGAAAGAUGCUGAUCUUUUUAUAUAUGAACCGUUAUCCAAGACAGCGGUUCCAAUAACAUCGGGUGGCCCUAUAGCUCAG